AUGAGUGACGCUCAGGCGAACGAGGCCGAGAAGAACAUUGAGAUCUGGAAGGUCAAGAAGCUCAUCAAGCGCCUCGAGGCCGCCAGAGGAAAUGGAACCUCCAUGAUUUCCCUCAUCAUCCCUCCCAAGGAUCAGGUCUCUCGGGCAGCCAAGAUGUUGGCUGAAGAAUACGGUACCGCCUCCAACAUCAAGUCCCGUGUCAACCGACAGUCCGUCCUGUCCGCCAUCACCUCGACCCAGCAGCGCCUCAAGCUGUACAACAAGGUCCCCCCGAACGGCCUGGUCGUCUACUGUGGUGAAAUCUUGACUUCCGAAGGCAAGGAGCGAAAGGUCAACAUCGAUUUCGAGCCCUUCAAGCCCAUCAACACCUCCCUCUACCUGUGCGACAACAAGUUCCAUACCGAGGCCCUGGCUGAGCUGCUCGAGUCUGACCAGAAGUUUGGCUUCAUCAUCAUGGAUGGUAACGGUGCCCUCUUUGGUACUCUCAGCGGAAACACCCGUGAGGUCGUCCACAAGUUCUCUGUCGAUCUUCCCAAGAAGCACGGCCGUGGUGGUCAGUCCGCCCUGCGUUUCGCCCGUCUGCGAGAGGAGAAGCGUCACAACUACGUCCGCAAGGUCGCCGAGUUGGCUGUCCAGAACUUCAUUACCGCCGACAAGGUCAACGUCGCUGGUAUCAUCCUCGCUGGUUCCGCCGAUUUCAAGAACGACCUCAACGCUUCCGACAUGUUCGACAACCGUCUACAGUCCAAGGUUAUCAAGGUUGUCGAUGUCUCCUACGGUGGUGAGAACGGCUUCAACCAGGCCAUCGAGCUGUCGUCCGAGACCCUCGGCAACGUCAAGUUCAUCCAGGAGAAGAAGCUCAUCGGAAAGUACUUUGAGGAGAUUAGCCAGGACACCGGCAAGGUCUGCUACGGUAUUGAGGACACCCUGAAGGCUCUUGAGCUCGGUGCUGUCGAGACUCUCAUCGUCUUUGAGAACCUCGAGAUCACCCGCUGGGUUCUCAAGGACAGCAACGGCAGCGAGAUCAUCCUCCACACCACCAAGCAGCAGGAGCAGGCCAACCGCGACAAGUUCCUCGACAAGGAAACUGGCCAGGAAAUGGACAUUGUCUCUCAAGAUUCGUUCCUGGAAUGGAUUGCUGAGCACUACAAGGACUUUGGUACGGCGCUCGAGUUUGUUUCUGACCGAUCCACCGAGGGCAACCAGUUCGUCAAGGGCUUCGGUGGCAUUGGAGGCCUUCUCCGCUACAAGGUCAACUUUGAGCAGCUAGCUGACCUGAGCGACGACGACGAGUACUACGACGGUGAGUGA